UUCUGUAGAUAUCUAAUUGUAAAAAUGAUUUAGGGCUUAAAUCACACAAAAACCCAUAUUUAAAAGAACGAAAGAAACCAGAAAUAAGAAAAAGGGUUGCCCUUCGGCCUUGGGCCUUAGGGCUUUGGAAAAGGGCAAGGGAAAAUUUUGAAGCGCUGCUUUAUGGGUAAGAAACUUCAUUUUCUUUCAUCUCCGUAAAAUCAAGGAGCAGCUUAUUUAUUUAUUAAUUACCGUUGGAGCUCCUUGCCAAGUUCGUUCGCUUUUAUGGCGUCAAGCUCCGACGACGAUGAGUUCGUUAUUCUCGUAUGCACCGAUCCCAAUAACCAAAUCGGAGCUGAUAUCUCCAAUGAAGAAAUCGUUAUUUCCACUACGGAUAUCUCCCACUGGGAUUUCCCUUCCAUUCUCUCAUUCCAAACAUUCAAAAUCCAGGCUCAUCGCAAUAGGCUUAUUGAAGAAUCUUCAUACUUCCGUGGCCUCCUCAGUGGAAGUUUCAGUGAGUCAUGCUCGGACUGCAUAUCAAUCGAGUGGCAAUUGGAAACGUUUUUGAAUGUUCUUAGAUGUAUGUUUCGCUGCCCCUUAGACAUUACUUCUAGGAAUUUCAUCCCUCUUUUCGAGGCUGCACUUUAUUUCGGAGUGGAGAUGCUUCUGUUGCAGUUGAAAUCUUGGUUUUCUGAGGUCUCCUUGUCCAAAGAUCCUGGGCUACUUAAAAUACAAUUGGAUGAUCUGAUUCGUAUAUGGAAUUUUGGUUUAGAACAUGCUAAUGGUUUUGUUCAAGAAUUAUGUGCAAGCUACCUUGCAAGAAAUUUUAUGUGGACCAUGUCUAGUAAUUUUUUUGAAGAUGUGCCAUAUGACUUAUUGUUACUUUGCAUUAAGCAUCCCCAUUUAACAGUAGACAGUGAGAAGCACCUUUCCGAUGCACUAUUCAUUUGGCUUGAUUCUAAUACAAAACAAUUGGAAGGAUCAAGUAAAACAGAAAAUGAAUUUUCUGACAUUUUAAAACAGAUCCGCAUUAGCCUUUUGCCAUUGUGGUUUGCUUCAGGGAAAAGAAGUUCUGGCUGUUUUUCUGAGCUUGCAAAUGAGAGUGUCAACUCAAUUUUUAGACUUAUGAAAGUUACAACCACAGGAUCAAUAAAUGCAUUAGGUGACAGUGACUUGAGUCAUCUCAGGAUUCGACUGACAGAAUAUUCCAAGAGAAUGGACCUUUCUGGUUGUCCACAGAUAACACCAAUGAUUCUGCUCUUGUCUCUUCUUCCUAAUACCCAUAGUUUUGCUUUGGCAUUGAGAAAAAGUAUUAAAGAAGCUGUAAGUAACCUUGAACAGGCUGAUGGAAGUAAAUAUCAAAUCUCACAGGGAUUGCUGCCAACUUUAUCUUUUGAGGCAGUACAAGAGGUGGAUAUAUCGGGUUGUCUGAAGCUACAUCUUGAAGUUGCAAUUGAGUGCUUUUCCAAGUCAUUUCCAUGUUUAAGAAAGGUGAAAGCUGCUUAUCUUUUGAACUUCAGGACAACCACUUUGUAUAAGUUGGUUCAGAAGUGUCCUUUGGUAUCUGAAGUUGAUAUAACCAUUGACAUGAAUCCACUUAUUUCAUCACAAGUCUCAGUUAUAUCCUCAACCUCAAGUUCACCUGUAAUACCAUUGGCACCAAAUAGGCCAUAUAUUGUUGAUCAUAGCUUUUCGAUGACAUAUCCUUAUCAUUUGGGACCUUCACUAGCAAAUAUCACAAAGUUGACAAUGGAGGGCAGAAGCGAUGUCUGUGAUUCAGAUGUGCAGUAUUUCUCAAAAUUCUGUGUCUCCUUAUGUUAUUUGAAUCUUAAAGGGUGUAUCUCAUUGACAGAUGUCUGUAUAGCAAAUCUUAUUCGAAGAUGUACAAAGCUACACUCGAUUCUAGUUUGUCAUACUUCUUUUGGAAUGAAUUCAAUUCUAGCUCUUUGCACUGCUAGUCGUAGUUUUAGUAAUUCUCUGACUGCAAAGUUUGGAAAGAUGCAUUUGGAUUCAUUGGCCUCUAAUCUUCAAUUACUGCACAUGGGUGGCUGCAAGUUCUGUUCUUCCACAGCUGCUGAUGAAGCAUCUCUACUAGAGCUUUUGUCUCAAACACAAAUGCUGAAGAGCCUUUGCUUGAGGGACACCAACCUUGUUGACAAUGCUCUUUGUAACUUCUCAGGUUCUCUCUUGGAGAUGCUUGAUGUUUCGAAUACAAUGAUUUCUGGUGCUGCUUUAAAUCUUGUUGUCCGCGCAAAUCCUGGCCUGAAGUGCUUGAACGCAAGAGGCUGUAAAAAUUUGUUUUGGACAGAAAAUAAGACAAAAGGGGCAAAAUUUUCUUCCUCAUAUUCAUGUGGAGAACUCUUAACAGACCUUGGAAAGACGUGCAGAUUGGAAGAAAUUGCUCUAGGAUGGGGAUUUUCUUACUUUUCUCUACAAGAUCUAAAACCUGCAAUUUUGUCGUUGAGGGCAAUGACUGUGGGUUUGGGUGGAACAUUACCUGAAGAUGCACUGAUAUUACUACCUACCAUAUGUCCUUUGCUGGAGUCUUUAGUUCUUUAUUUUCAGGUAAUAUCUGAUUGCACCAUAAUCAACAUGAUCACAUCCUUGAGGCAAUUGCGAACACUGUCUUUGUGCUACUGUCUUGGUGAUAUAUCCAUAUCAAGCUUCAACUUGUCUAUGCCAAGUCUGCGGAAAUUGAGGCUUGAAAGAGUAACUCCUUGGAUGACUAAUAAUGACUUGGUUCUUCUAACUCAGAACUGUACAAAAUUGGUUGAGCUUGCAUUGUUAGGAUGCAAACUUCUUAAUUCAGAUGCUCAAUGUAUCAUCUCACGUGGAUGGCCAGGCUUGAUUUCUAUCCAUCUAGAGGACUGUGGUGAAUUGACCAAAAAGGGCAUUUCUUCUCUCUUCAACUGCACUGCACUUGAAGAUCUCUUGCUGCGCCAUAAUGGCCCUGGGGUACAAAGAAACUUCAUCCUUGAUGCUGCUUUAAAGUUACCGAUGCUUCGGCAAGUAUCGCUAGACUUGUGUGAUGCAAGUGAAGGUGAUUUUGACCUUCCUGAUGAUGAGGAUGAGUCUGACAGGUAUUCUUUAAGAAGUGUGAAAAUAGCGAGAUGCAAGUCUGGAAGAUGCAAUGCAGGCUCCCACUUUGCAGAGGUUCUUGCAAAGCCAGCGCAUAGGGAGACAUUAGUACUGGUAUGGAACAGCAGAAAUCUAGUUAGAACAGUGGUGAAGGAAAGACUAUAGCCUUUGUCUACUUUUGGAAUCAAACCCAAUGCAAACUUUGAAUCUCAACUCCUCAACACUGAUUUUUAUUAUUAUUAUUAUUAUUAUUAUUAUUAUUAUUAUUUGUGGAUACUUUAUUUUGUUACUAAUAUUUUAUUCUUAUAAAUUUCUCUGAAAUUAUUAAAGUUGAUGAUAAGUUAGAAUAGAAAAAAAAUUCAGUGAAAGUCAUUUUAACAGUUAUUUAUGAAACAAUUUUUUAACAAAAUAACUGUUCAUAGAACAAUUAUUCAAUGAACAAUUCUUUCGUGAAACUACUUUACGAAAUAGUUAUUCUUGAAACAAUUUCUUUAAGAAAUAACAUUGAUAUAAUGAAAACUUUUACUAAAAGUUAUUUC